GAUACACGCAUGUAUGGAAGAGACGGUGCAGACUCUACUGAGAAUUGCAAUGCAGCCAGAGGUGGACUGCCAGUCAGGUAUCUACAAACAUUAGUGACAAAAAACGAAUCUCACAUUAUGUGACAACAGAAUGGAAAGGAAACACUGUUAAUGCCAACGCUAUGAGAAAGGGAUAUGGAAAGAUACUUUCGCUAUUAGAAUGCGACUAUCUAAGGAUAAUCCGUGGUGAUAAUUAUUGCGCAGUUCGAGCUCCAUUAUAUCAAUCACUUGUUAAUGACGUUAUUAAUAUUAAACUUGGACAUGACCUUGAAAAAAUCACACAGGUGCCUGAUUGGUUUAUCAGCAGUGGAUAUCACUGGGUAUCUGAUUGGUCAUUUGCUCAUCGCUUUGGUGAUGUUAAAAACACUGUGCAAACUAUGAAACACUGCCUGAGGGUUCUUGAGGAACAGAUCCUAUUGGUGCGUAACACUGCUGUGCCGGCAGAUAGAGAAACCCUUAUACUGGAUGCUUUCAACACCACAGAGACAGAUCUAUAUCUUGUAGAAGCUGUGAAGAUAUUAAUGUUGUACAAUGCUAUUAGACUCUAUGAAGAUAAUACCACUGGUAAAGAGGUGCCUGUAUUUGUAUGGUUAAUGUAUGCCAGGGAUAGUUCAUCUAAUCCACAGCAGUUGAUGAGAAAUCAUUUAAACUCAGUUGGAGACAGUGCUGGUGUAGAACAGGUGGAGAUGUUCUUAAUGGGUUAUACACUGGGUGUGACAUUAAAAGUUGUGAGACCUUCCCAAGUCGAGAAAGACGAUUUCAUCACCUACUAUCCAGAUGAUCAUUUUCAUGACUGGAACAAAGUUGUCCUGAUAGCGGAAGACGACAGGCAUUAUAACAUCGCAUUGAACUGACAUAGUACAUGAUAUUGCAAACCCACCAAAAACUAUUAAUGCACCCACCCAUCAUUGAUUUGCAGCGUACUCCCUUCGUCUGUCCAAGUAUAUUAAUUCAGGUCACUUGCUCCAUUCCCGUAAGAUGACCAUCCAAAUUAUUAGUAAUUUUAUAACACAACAUUUUAGUGCCUUAAACUAAAUCAUAGCCUACAAUUUUAUCAUAGUACUAUCUAUUCAGUGUUUUAUAAAGUGUUUUAGAAAGAGUACAUUUAUUUACAUAUUGAAUACUGUAUGUGAUUGGGUUUUCGCUAAUUUCUGGUUUCAGUGGUUGCUUACACACACCCAUACACUCACACAUACACACUUCAAUGAUCCUAAGUGCAUAUACCACAUUUGCACUAUUAGAAGUGAACAUAAACCUCAAAAUUGUAUUUAUUGUAUAUUGCAUAUGUCAUUUUGACCAGACAACCUUCUGUACUGAUUUAAGCAUAUGCGCUACUAAUUAUGCAAAUAUGGUACAUCUUUCACUUUCAGUUCCAGAUGUAGAAGACAUGAGCAUACACUUUUAAGUCAUAAUUAUAAGUACUGUAGAUGUAUUAAUUUUCACUGGUAUUUAUUUAAACUUUUACAGUAAAACUUAUGAGGUCUAUUGUAAUUUUAAAUAUUCAUGUGGAUUUAAAUUAGAGAAAAAUUACCAAAAUUAAAAUUAAACGAAAAAUUAAUGUGUUUACAGUAUACUACAUUGGUUUGCUGUUGUAAUUGAAAUUUAGUUUGAAUUAACUUAUUCUUCUGUUAAAAAAUAGAUGGUUCCUGCUUUGUGAUUAUGUCAAGUAAUGAUCACCAGAAUAUUGUUUAGCCAGGGUAAUUGAUCCUCAUCAUCAUUGCGUGCUGAGAACUAAAUCAUGUGUUAACACUCUUGUAUAGUUUAAAAGAAAUUUGAAUAAGCACAUUAUGGAAAAAAUUAUGCCGAAUUGGUGGUUUUCCAUUCACUGUGUGAUCUCUCGUAAUACGUGAAAAGUGAUCGAACAUGCAAAAAUGGACUGAUUUGAUUUUGAACUUUAAUAGUUCAAAGACCAAUACUAAUAUGUCUCUCUUUUCAGAGAGAAACUCACACUCGAUUUUCAUAUCAAGCCAUUUUGUCAUUCGAAAUAUCCUGAUGUUGAAGCCUGAAAGGAAAAUACACAAUGGUUCUCUUGAGUAAAUGAAAUUGUAUCAUUUUUCAAGCAUUAAAAAAACAAAUCCAAAUGAUUAAAUUACAUAUUUGUUUUCUCAAACCCGGAUUAUGUUACUUACAAUUAUAUCGUUUACUGAAUAUUUAUGUCCUUAGCUGUGAAUAUUUGUUAUCCUUGUUUCACCAAGGAGUCUUGCUAAUUGGUACAUCCUGUAUCUACCCCAAUUACUGAUACCUUGUAUAUUUGUUAUUUGAGUUGAUCUUUUCAGCCAACCUUUGUAAGUUAAAAGUAGGGUAUAUUGCACGUGUUGUAUUUGUAAUUGUCUACACCAAUCAACUGCCACCAAGAUACCAUUUAUGUUUAUCAUUCAGAGUCUGCUCUGUAUUGUGUAAUUUAUACACACAUUUACCUUCAUUCGUCAAAUCAUGUACUUAAUUAUUGCAGGUGUGGUAUUUAUAUUUGAUAGUUCUGUUUGGUAAUAGUUGUCCACUAACACAUUGCCGUCCUCAAUUCUAAACACCCAGUGCGAUUACAGCAUCCAAGUUACCUACUGAUUGUCUGUCGGCAUCUAAUGUCUGAUGGUAUUCAA